AUGAACACAUCAAUCCAUUCAUCACCAAGACUAGAGCUUCGUCCCAAGCAGCUCAAGCCCGAGCAUGCAAUCAUGAACGCCAACAAACUUGUGCACAAAGGAGACUACUUGGCUGCGUUGAAGUUGUUCGACAGAUUGCUCGACGAAAGGUGUCAUCCAGCCUAUUAUCUCAAUCGCGCCUUGUGCUAUAUCGCCACGAACCAGCCACAUCUUGCUGUCAACGAUGCCCUCAGGGUGUACAUGAUGGCUCAAUCUAUCGUCGAUGCUGUCCAGAACAAAGGCGAGGUAAACGAUCACAUUCGAAGAAUUGACGCCCACAUCAACACAUACACUGGCGAUGUCCUUUUGGAGAAUGCUUCUGGUGGAGCCAAAAGAUCUUUCCAGCCUUUUGUCCGCUGGGAACUUGAGGCGCUCGCCAAACACGUACAAGACAAGUUACUUCUCGAUGUCAUCGAAGGCAAAGUGUCGAAAGCAGAUUUACUAUUGACGCAAACAGGUUUCUGCUCCUUGAGCAGCAUCCAGUAUGGCUUUGCUGAACGAUCCAUCAAUUACAACAUCCUCAACAACUGCAUAUUGACGGUGGACUCCAACUCGAUCGUCCAGUACGAGUACAAGUUUGGCAUGCCUGCAUCUCUGGUGGCUGCUCAAGAUGUCUUCAAGGGGAUGGUGCUCUUCACUGAGAGUCUUCCGUUUCUUGUCUCUACAGCAAACACUCCAGAUCAAUCAGAACUUGCAACCGUCUGUGAUGCUUGUGGCACAGACUUACAGAUGUUGUCACCAUUCGUUCUUCGUGUUCUCUCGGAAGAGCUGAAGCAGGCAGAAGCUGAGGAGACCGAGAAGGGGAAUGCGAGAGCGGCGAGAAAGAAAGCUCGUGCUAGACGUUCUUCUGCCAGUCAUCGCCGCACGUUUGCAGUCGACAGUCCGACAGGAGAGAACCAACCAAUCUCAGGACCCACCAGCAAGGCCAAAAACGAACACACAAGCCAAGGGGCGGAGCAAGAGCACGACGAUGACGAUUGGAGUUCUGAAUCGUCAAGCGGUGCGAAUGACGCAUCUUCGGCAACCGUAACUCCCGACACUCCACUUCGAGGCAGAACAGUAUCAAGACCUGGUAUCUUCGAGACGUCUGAUGUCCAAAUUUGCCGCUAUGGUAUAGAGAAGCAGCGCGAGAACUUCUCUUUCUGCUCGGUUGAUUGCUACGACUUGGCAAAAGCAACAUACCAUGAUAGCAUCUGUGGGUCCCACAUCGAAGAUUAUCUGCGAAAAUCGAUCAUUCAGGUAGAGGCUUCUGGACUUCCAAGCGUUGAAACUCAAAAGCUUGUUCUCUUACUCCUGGUUCGUGUGCUUGGGUGGGCGUAUGCCACAUCGACUGACCCCCUGGAUUUGCCUAUCAUCCAGAUGUUCAUGGCAUCACCUCGUCAUUCGUCUCUGAAAGAUGGGCCAGUGGUUCCAUGGUCUUUCCAUAACAACGUCAUGCGGCCAUAUCAAAUGUACCAGGCUAUGGAUGGCCGUGGAGAUUCUCUUAAGUCAGUCAUCAACCCCAAUUAUUCCGAUGGUGCUGUGAUCAACACUAUCAUCAGCCUCAUUCGGCGUCAUAUGAUCAUCGACAACCAGAUUGUCUGGACUAAGACUUACGAUGAGGACGGUUACCACGAGCAGACGUACCCAUACUCGGACAANAANGAUGCCCAAAAGGAUCAGAGUACCUUAUUUGGUCGUCUGCAUCCUUUGUGUGAUCUUGUUCCUUUGGCACCUCACCCUGAAGAAGCGAAUGUCGAGCUUGUCGACUUAGGUGGCGGUCAGAUCGCCUGCUUGCCUAUAUUUGUCAGACAGUUUGAUGACGAUGACGCUGAUUUGUGCAUCAAGAAGGGUACUCGCCUGUUGGUUCGCAACGCAAUUCCUCGCUUCGCCACUAAAGACGAACGCGCGACUUAUGCGAAGGUGGAAGAUUAUGGCGAGGGAGGCACGAUGAUGGAUAUGGAGAAAGAUGAUGGUAUUCUUGAAGAUCACAGCAGCGAUGAGGAACCUCAUACGGAAGAUCAGGAAGAAGAGUUCAGCGGUUAUGUUGAUGAGGAGACCUAUGGUGCUGAUGACGAUUAUAUGGCUGAUGCUGAAUGGGAUAUUGACGAGGAGGACGAGGAGAUGAUGAAUUUCUAG